CGUGCUGUUUUCCUUUCAGAGCAGAAGAAGAAGCUGAACCUCGUGUGUCUGCCUGCUGGAGUGGUUCGGCUGGAUGCUGUGAUUGACUGGGAUCAUAAACCAGGCAGCAGAUCAUCGAUUAUCGAUCAGAAAUGACUAAAGUGAAGAAGGAGAAGGUUUCGGACGGAGAGGAAGCCGCGGCGGCGGAAGCGGGGGGACCAGAGCGGAGCUACGCCGAGCUGGUCGCUCACCUCAACCCCAUCGCCCAGCCGCUGGCCUCCAGGAAGCUCAGCAAGAAGCUCUACAAGUGCGUGAAGAAAGCCGCGAAGGGGAAGAACAUCCGGCGGGGAGUCAAGGAGGUCCAGAAGUUCAUCAACAAAGGAGAGAAAGGCAUCGUGGUUCUGGCCGGAGACACGCUGCCCAUCGACGUCUACAGCCACCUUCCGGUCAUGUGUGAGGACCGCAACCUGCCCUACGCCUACAUCCCGUCUAAAGUGGAUCUGGGCUCUUCCGCCGGCUCCAAGCGGCCGACCUGCGUCAUCCUGAUCAAACCGCACGCGGACUACCAGGACGCCUACGAUGAGUGUCUGGAUGAGGUCUCUCACCUGCCCAAACCGCUCUGAGCCAAUCAGGACGCAGCUCAUCUGAACUCAGCCAAUCAGGACGCAGCGCCCGCCUUAUAUUUAAGGGCGCAGUACGCCCUGAUUUCUCCCAGAAUCUCAUGUUUUUCUGCUGCGCUAGCGGUUUUCACCCGUUUCCAGUGUUUGUGCUAAGCUAAGCUAAUGAUGGACUGAAGGACGCUGCCCCCUGCUGGACACUGGAAGCCAUGUUUCUAGUUUUUUUAUAUUAAAAAUGUUAAAACUAUAGUUUCUGGAGUUAUUUGUUUGGAUAAAAAUUAUUCAUAGUGUUUAAAGGAUAAAUGCUGCAGGAACUUGAUUUCUCUGGUCUCUCUUGUGCAAAAGUCUUUAACCCCCCUACUCUUUGUUAACCCUGGGAGGAAAGUAUUUU